GGGGGAGAUGGUUUGUUUAUUAGGUAGCCGAGAUGAGGUUGAACCGCUUGCUGCUUAUUCACCAAUAAUAAUAGUCAUAUAAUAAUAAUAAUAAUAAUUGCUUGUUGACAAAAGGCAUCCAUCCUCCGAAAACUCAGAUUCCUUCUUUCUUCUUCCCUAGGCUAUUUCCCCCUUUGAUUUCAUUUCAUUCACACCUUCAAUUCAAUUGAUGCAAAUCUUCAAUCAGAUCUAAGAAAUGGAUGGUAGAAAUAAUAAUAAUAAGCCUUGGUCAAAGUCAACUUCGCAGCAAAUAGAUUAUGAUGCAAUGAUGAGAAAAGAAAUCCCCCAAGAUGAUCAAAGGUUGUGGGAUCCUAAAACUAUGCUAAGCAAUCUCUCCAUCAUGGAAGAAAAGAUUCACCAGCUUCAGGAAUUGGUGCAGUUGAUUGUAGCCAAGGAUCCCACAAAUCAAUUUCUGAUUCAGCAGCAGCAGCAACUUGUUACUGCAGAUCUCACUUCCAUUAUUAUUCAGCUCAUAUCAACUGCAGGUAGUCUUCUUCCUUGUGUCAACGCAGCAGCAGGAGCCCAUGUUUCUGAUAAUGAAACCAACAACACUCUAAUUAGGAAUAUGGUAAGCAAGGUUGAAGACCAUUCAACCGAAGUCGAUCAUAUGGAUACUAUUCAUGAAGACCACGACGACGAUGUUGACGAAGGGGAGAACCUCCCCCCUGGUUCAUAUGAAAUCUUGCAGCUCGAAAAAGAAGAGAUUCUGGCCCCCCACACUCAUUUUUGCGUCAUAUGUGGAAAGGGGUUCAAACGUGACGCCAAUCUCCGAAUGCAUAUGAGGGGUCAUGGAGACGAAUAUAAAACGCCAGCAGCAUUAGCAAAACCCCAUAAGGAAACAGCAGCCUCAGAGGCCAAGCUUAUUAAGAGAUACUCAUGCCCCUAUCUUGGUUGUAAGAGGAAUAAAGAUCAUAACAAGUUCCAGCCUCUCAAGACAAUCUUGUGUGUCAAGAAUCAUUAUAAGAGAAGUCACUGCGAUAAAAGCUACACAUGUAGCCGCUGCAACACAAAGAAAUUCUCCGUGAUUGCAGAUCUUAAAACGCACGAGAAGCACUGUGGAAGAGACAGAUGGCUUUGUUCUUGCGGUACCACUUUUUCAAGAAAAGAUAAGCUUUUUGGACACAUUUCUCUUUUUCAAGGACACACACCUGCAAUUCCCUUGGAUGAACCCAAACUGCAUGAUCAAGGGGAAGGGUCUAAAGAAGUCGUCGGCUUGUUUGAUUUCAGUUUCAAUUCAAAUGGCUCUAGUGGUGGUGAGCCUAGUGCUUGUUUUUCGCCCUUUCAAGACUUCCCUAGAAAUCUGUUUGAAGAGUCCGACAGUAUGUCUUUCCUGUUAUCGGGAUCAUCAUGUAAUUACAUGUGGAAGAAUGGAGGAGGCGAGUCGACUUCCAAGGAUUUUCAAUGACCUAAAAUUUCUAUUCUUUAUGUUUCGACAUUGCAUUUUAGGCACAGUCAGAUAGACAGUAUGCAAGUCAUAACUUUGUAUUUGAAUAAAUUCAUGGUUUAUUUCUUUUAUUUAUACUAGCUACUUUGAUUUUAUGCUAUUGGUGUAUCCGUUUGGGUUUUGGAAUUUUCAGUAAUCCUACACUUUGUUUAGAAGCU